AUGAAUAAUUUCAUAGUCACAUGCUGGGGAGAAGCAAAAGGGGAACAAUAACCUUGCUAGCUGACAGAUCUGAAUUAAAAGGCCAAGAAAAGAAGAAGUGGUUGUCGCAUUAAUGUGACAAUAUAAAACAUCCAUCAUCAUUGUUACUCUCCAGGGGAUGCAACAUGGUGAGAUUUGAUCGAAGAGAAGUUUCAGUGCAGAUGGACUAUUUGAACGUGCCUCAAGCUUCAAGCAAAGGAGGAACAGAGGCAGUGACAGCAAGAAAUGUGUACAAACUAGUCGGCGUGAGCCUCGGACUCUUGUGUGUCCUGCAAGCUGCUCUCAACAUUUCACUUCGUCUUACCAGUCUGCAUUCUGCCAGUAAAAAAGAAGAAAUUGCAACAGAUGCUACUUGCACAAACUCCACUCAAGAGACUGAAGAAUUGAAAAGAAAAAUCUAUACUAUUGAUAGGUAUGGUCAGAAGGGAUGGGUGUAUUUCCUCUCCAGUGCGUAUUACAUCUCUUCCACAACCAGAACUUGGUUCGGCAGUCGAGAUGACUGCCUGAGUAGAGGUGCGGACCUGGUCGUGAUCAACAGCAGAGAAGAGCAGAAAUUUGUCAUGAAAUUCAACAAGCUGCUGUGGAUUGGGCUGAAAGAGCAAGAGGGCACAUGGAAAUGGGUUGACGGGUCUCAGCUGAAAACAAGCUACUGGGCUUCAAAUGAACCUAAUAAUCAUGAAGGCGCAAAGGAAGAUUGUGUACAAAUACGGUUUCCUGAAAUCAAUAACAGCUGGAAUGAUGUCAUAUGUGAAGAAGAACAUUCUUGGAUUUGUGAAAAAACAUUUAGGAGAUAAUACAAGUUUAUGAACUCUGAACCAAGUUCAUUUUACAUAUUUGUAAUAGUUUGUUGAGGAGCAAGAGCCCAUUUACAAGUAGAUGUCAAAAAUCGUCUGUUCUUCUGCUUGUGCUUCCUUCUGUAAACAGUGAGUGGCUGUGGAGAAAUCACUGGGCUGAAAAAAAAAGAAUAUUACAUACUGGGUACAUACUGGACUGGUCGCCAGUCAAUCGCAGAGCAGACAAUAAACCAUUCAAACAUCCAACCGCACGAGAUGUCUCGAAUGAACCUAACAUGGAUGUUUUGGGAAUGUAUGAGGAAGUUGGACUCCCGGAGAAAACCCAUGCAAGAGCAGAAAGAACAGGCCAACUCCACAGAAGAAUCCCAGAGCCAUGAUUCAAACCCUGAACCUCAGAACUGUGAGGCAGAUUUGCAAAACAAUAGUCAAAUGAGAAAAACUAAAAAUGCGCUUCACUCGAGUGGCGUCGCUACAACUAUUCUUAUUUUCUGUUUAUAACAACAUGAGUAAAAUUCAAGGCAA